UGCACCUCCGGGCCAUCGACCUCUCCCGCAACAGGUUCCGCCGCUUCCCGGAGCCCCUGGCCACCGUCCCCGCCCUGGAGACCAUCGACCUGCAAGAGAACGAGAUCGCAGGCCCUUCCAAUGGCACCUGGUGGCCCAACUCCAGCGCCAGCCACCUCCUGAGGGAGAACUACACCUUCCUGGCGUACUACCAGCAUUCCUCCCCCGUGGCCCUCAUGUUCAUCCUGGCCUACACCUUCAUCUUCCUCAUGUGUGUGAUUGGCAAUGUCCUGGUGUGCUUCGUUGUGGUGAAGAACCGCCAGAUGCGCACGGUCACCAACAUGUUCCUCCUCAACCUGGCCAUCAGCGACCUGCUGGUGGGCAUCUUCUGCAUGCCCACCACCCUGGUGGACAACCUCAUCACAGGUUGGCCCUUUGACAACACCAUGUGCAAAAUGAGCGGCCUGGUGCAGGGCAUGUCCGUCUCCGCCUCUGUUUUCACGCUGGUCGCCAUCGCUGUGGAGAGAUUUCGCUGCAUCGUCCACCCCUUCCAGCAGAAGCUGACGCUGAGGAAAGCCCUGCUGACCAUCACCAUCAUCUGGGUGCUGGCCCUGCUCAUCAUGUGCCCCGCUGCCGUCACCCUGACUGUCACCAGGGAGGAGCACCACUUCAUGGUGGACACCUACAACAACUCCUACCCUCUCUACUCCUGCUGGGAGGCCUGGCCCGAGACGGGGAUGAGGAGGAUCUACACCACCGUCCUCUUCUCCCACAUCUACGUGGCUCCCCUCGCCCUCAUCGUCAUCAUGUACGCCCGCAUCGCCUUCAAGCUCUUUAAGUCAGUGGCGCCUGCCCACGGCGGAGAGGAGCCGGAGGGGAGGAGGAUCUCCCGGAGGAAGGCCAAGGUCAUCAACAUGCUCAUCAUUGUUGCCCUCUUCUUCACCAUCUCCUGGCUGCCCCUCUGGACGCUGAUGCUGCUGACAGACUACGGGCGGCUGAGUGAGGGCCAACUCCGCCUGCUUGCCGUCUACGUCUACCCGUUCGCCCACUGGCUGGCCUUCUUCAACAGCAGCGCCAAUCCCAUCAUCUAUGGCUACUUCAACGAGAACUUCCGCCGGGGCUUCCAGGAGGUCUUCAGGGCCCCCCUCUGCUCGCUCCACGGCCAGCGCAGGCCCUACACCCCCCGGAGCCAGGGCCAUGGGGCCCUCUCGGGCACCCGCAACCGCAUCUUCACCCCGGCGCCAACCAGCGCCUCGCCGGCCAUGCCCAAGCCGGGGCCGCUGGCCCCACGCCGCACCGCUGUCCCUGCGUGGGACGGCUGAGGAGCCGCGGCCACCGAGCCACUCUGGACCAAGGGCUGGUGGGGUGAGGAGUGGGGAUUUGCCACUUUAUGGCCAUGAGACGUCAAAAUAAAGGU